UGGGAUCCUGACACCAACCCAUGGGAUGAUUACCUCUACCCACCACUAAACCCAAAUUCACAGGAGCUCAUGCACAAAAGAGGUAAACCCAGGGUUCAUCUGACCAGCGACAGCCCCGCUCUGAAUGGUUCUUGUAUCACCUUCACUGCCAAGCUGGCGUAUUCUCCAUGCCAGAAGGAGGAUGCCAACGGUGACCUGAUCUGGGAUGAGCACUGUGAGGAUGCAAAUGGACAGGUGCACUCUGGAUCUGUGUACAACUGGACUUCUUGGUUGGAUGACUAUGGCGUUGGAAAGUGUACAGACACCACAAAAUGCCAUGUAUUCCCUGAUGGAAAGCCCUUCCCCCAGAGCAAUGACUGGAGGAGGAAGAAGUAUGUCUAUAUCUGGCACACAAUGGGCCAAUACUAUGAGACGUGUGAUGGCUCAUCCUCCAGUGUGUCCAUCAACACCACAAACAUCCCACUGGGGGCAGAGGUCAUGGAGGUCAUGGUUUACAGGAAACGUGAGCGCAGGAAGUACUGUCCCCUCACGACUGACAACACUGUCUUCUAUGUCACAGAUAAGAUCCCAGUGGCAGUAAGCAUCUCACAGAAGGCGGCAGUCAACCAGUCAGUUUUCUUUCGCGGUAAAGACGUGGUCUUCAAAGUCCAGCUCCACGACCCCAGCGGCUACCUCAAAACUGCUGCUGCCAUUGACUACAUCUGGGAUUUCGGUGAUGGCAACCAGCUGGUAACACAGCGCAGUGUGACCACACACACCUACAAUACACUGGGCAGCAUGAGCGUGAAACUGGUGGUGGAGGCUGCAUUCCUUGUAGAGUGCCCAACACCUGUCACCACCUCAGCUCCUACAAGUCCCACACCAGCACUUCCGACAGACACUCCUACACCUCCACCCAGUACCCAUGCUGUUACUGUCAAGACGGAGACAACACAGGUGCCACCCAGCACCAGCUGGUCUUUCCCCAGUUCCUCCCCUGUUGCCACGACCACAACACUGCCCAUCACGGAGCCCCUUCCCACUACUGCCGACAGUGCGAGCACAGGGUCCAGCCCCACCACCCUGGCCUGGCUCCACACUAGACAGCUCAACAGCAAUGAGUGUUUCCGUUACGUCUAUGGGUUCUUCACAGGCAACGUUACCAUUAUUGAACCCAACUGCACACUGAACAGCCAACCAAAUAGUUGUAUUGUGGAUGUGUCUGCUGUCAAAGUGGCCAACAAUGACAUCAGCUUUCUAGUGAAAUGUCUGGGCAGCAUCCCCGCUUCAGCCUGUACCAUUGUGUCAGACCCCAGCUGUACUGAAGUGCGUAACAUCACUUGCGAUGAUGUGCCGCCAUCGUCAGAGUGUGAAGUGCAUCUCAGGCGAACGUUUCUGGAACCUGGCACCUACUGUGUUAACAUCACCCUGAUGGACAGCAGCAGCACGACCCUGGCCAGGACUGCCGUUAGCAUCAACAAGUCCCAGAACUCAUCUGUGUCCAAGACUCACUACAUUGCAGGGGUGGUUGUUUCCUUGUGCGCUGUGCUGGUGGCUGUGUCUGCACUCAUUGCUUCUCUUGUCUACAAGCGUUACAAGGUGUACCAACCCAUUCAUAGGUCACUAAGGGAAGAUGCUUGUGGCCAUGGUAAGGUCAGUCACAUGGUCCGCCUGAGGGAGGCCCUCUUCCCCUCCAGUGAGGAGAGCACGCACCUGCUGACUGAAAGACAGCCCCUGUAGGCUUUAUAGAAUUAUACCGUUUCUGCCUUUCAUGGCUAAAAUCUGAUUAUGUUAAGCAAAUUUAAGGAAAAAAAAAAACUGUUAAAAAGUCAGGUGUGCAAGAUUUGUAACUACAUUAGUAAAUGUCUGUCAUAAAUUGUUUGCCUGAAAGUUUGCUACAGCACAUGAUUGUUCAUUGAAGAGGGUGGUAGUUUGUGGUUGCUAGGAAACGAAAUAAGUUUCUUGAUCAAAGGGAAAACCUUUACACAAAGUUUAUGCAAAAUAUCCUUUUUAGAACUGGUAUGCUGCAAUAAUCUACAGCUAAGUAAAAACUCCAUGAGAUGGCUUUCUGAUACAAAAUUUAUAGUAUCAGUGACAUAUCUGCUCUUCCUCAGCUCAGUCAAUUACUGGAAAAUUUAAAUGCAAGACUCAUCCUGUGAAGACAUUCAGAUUAGUCACUAUUAAAAUAUGAAUAUUUCACCAAAUGUCAGUAGAAAACAGUUCAAUAAUCCAAGGCUUGGGUAAAAUACUUUAAAAAUUUGAAUUCUACCAUUUCACUUGAAUAGUUUGAAGUCAGUUAAACAAUUAAAAUGAGAACACAAUCAAAAACUUCCAAUAUGGAUUUAUACAAUAUACUGAAUCCCUGAUUUGAAUGUGCUGCACACACAUAAAAUGUUGCACUAAAUGCAAAAUAGUGUAGUAUGGCUUUUUGUGUAGCACUACUGGCUAUACAACAUACUACCAGUCCAGAGUACAAAAAUCUCAAACUACAUUUAGCAAGACAUUACACCACUUCUCAGUCACAUUAACUCUGCAUCCACUCAAAAAGGUUGUCACGGCUUGGUACAGAUGAUUUUGAUUUCUCCUUUUACAUACCGAGCAAGAAAAUACUUUAAAAGGCCCAAUGAAAAAUCUCACCUGUUGAAGCUGACCCCAUUAGAAGCAUUUAUAGCUCAGUCACUGAAAACCACCACUAGAAACAAGCCAGCUAACAGAACAGUAUCAUUUUUCUUUGCAAGGGCCAGGAAGCCAUUGUACAACAUUCAGUCUAGAAGAUUUCUUGAAAUAUUAGGCUCAAAAUUUAAAGCAUGCCAACUAUCCUUAGUUUAAAGCAAAAGGAUUUGUAGAUGUAUACCGAGUUUCAGGUCAUGUACAGUUUUUUUCUCUUCAAGCCUUUUGAGCACAACACGUACACUGUUGCCUGUAUAGGCAUGUAAUGAGGACAGCCUUACUGUGCUAUACAGAUACACCCAACUACACUAAGAUCCAACGUUUGGGUGGGGAGAAAGGACAAACAUUGCAACUGCAUUAUUUUUGUUUUAUUGAGAGGCUUUGACAAAUGGAGCUGUGUAUGAGUGGGAGGUGAAGAGGCCCAAGCAUGGUUUGGGGGGGGGUGUAUCAUACUGAAGUGAAUCACUAGUCCAAAAAUCUCAAACUCAAUCCCUCAGAUCUGUCCCAUAUCAAGAGCAUGUUCCAUGUUACACAGCCAGGAAAUACUAACAGAAGAAACUAGCUACCAAAUUAGUCUGUAGCAUCUGUGAAAGACAAAAGGGAAAAUAGACAGGACUUAUUUUGAAGUCUUACAAAUCAGAAACAAAAAAGGUAGGCCCUUUCAGGGGAAAAAAAAAUUAAUUCAUUAUCAAAUGUAAAAUUAAA